UUUCCAGCCUCUUCAACCUCUCGCUCUCUCUCUCUCUAAAUCCUGUACCCAAAACCCUCUUCCACCCCCUCCGCAACCGCAACCGCAACCGCAACCAUGAACAUCUUCAGAUUCGCCGGCGACAUGACUCAUUUACUCAGUAUUCUAGUCCUCCUCCUCAAAAUCUACGCCACCAAAUCAUGCUCAGGGAUUUCGCUGAAGACUCAGGAGCUGUACGCCUUGGUGUUCGUGACUCGCUACUUGGAUCUAUUCACAGACUUCAUCUCUGUUUACAACACUGUGAUGAAAUUGGUGUUCAUCGGAAGCUCGUUGGCGAUCGUGUGGUGCAUGCGCUGGCACCGAGCCGUGAAGCGGUCAUACGAUCGAGAACUCGACACUUUUCGCCAUUACCUAGUAAUCGCAGCGAGCCUUGUCUUGGCUCUACUUGUUCACGAGAAGUUCACAUUUCAAGAGAUCCUCUGGGCCUUUUCAAUAUACUUGGAGGCACUUGCAAUUCUUCCCCAAUUGGUUUUACUGCAAAGAAGUGGAAAUGUGGACAAUUUGACUGGACAAUAUGUCUUCUUUCUUGGGGCCUAUCGUGCACUCUACAUUCUUAACUGGAUCUACCGCUACUUCACGGAGCAGCGUUUCAGUCGAUGGAUAUCUGUCAUCGCUGGUCUUGUCCAGACUGCUCUCUAUGCAGACUUCUUCUACUAUUAUUUCAUCAGCUGGAAAAACAAUGCGAAGCUUCAACUGCCAGCCUGAAGUAAGGAAAGAUGUGGAUAUUAAGUUGAUACUUGCUGACAUGAAUUGCUGUUGCAAUGGGAGACUCAGUACACCUAUCAUCAGCAUUCCACUAACAAAAUCAGAUAUAGGUUUUCAAUGGAAAAAAAAGAAAUUUAGUGUUUAGGUGGAUCGAAUAGGCCAUGUUUGUACGAGGGGAUUGUUUUGAAGCCCUUGUGAUCUUCUUGUAACAUGUAAAGAUGCUGUUGGAAAGUCGAAUACAUGCUUUAGUGUAGACGUGAGUAUUUUGUUGAAUAGUGAGGGAUAUUUCUUAAAGGAUAUUUAAAUUAUGAAUUUGAGUAGUAAUAUUUGGUGCGGUGACAUUUGACAUUUGCAUUCACAGGAAGGGAGGACCUUUAUGUGCUCCCAAAAUGAGUUGUAAAGGUGGGUUUGAGCUAUAGGUUGAUCUUAGCUCCACCAAUACUGUGUGUUUGGUUGAGAGAUUUGAAGAGAGAUUUGCAAAGAGAAA